AUGGCCUCCGACAACUCUGAGUGGACGCCUGAGACUGUGCUCUCCACGCUCCCCCACCGACCAGAGGAGAACUCUACGUCACCCGUCCCCUUCUUCCACUUGAUCGAGCGCCUUAAGACCACCAAGCGCGAGGGCUGGCGCCGCUUCGGUAUCAAUGGCGAGUCCAUCUCAGACCAUAUGUAUCGCAUGUCGAUCAUGACGAUGAUGGCCCCGCCGUCCCUGGCAACCAAGAUCAACAUCCCGCACUGCACAAAGAUGGCCUUGAUCCACGACAUGGCCGAGGCGCUUGUUGGUGAUAUCACUCCAGUCGACUACCACAUCACCAAGGCCGAGAAGGCUCGUCGCGAGGCCUCCGUUAUGGACUACAUCACCACGACCCUCCUUGGCAAGGUCCCCGGAGGCAUUUUGUCGGGCGAGGAAAUCAAGAAAGUGUUUGAGGAAUACGAGAAGGACGAGACUCUCGAGGCCCACUUCGUGCACGAUAUCGACAAGAUGGAGCUGCUGUUGCAGAUGGUUGAGUACGAGCGCUCGAAUGAGGUUGAUCUCACCGAGUUCACUCACGUCGCCUCGCGCAUUCGGCUGCCAGAGAUUCAGGCCUGGGCUGCGGAGGUCAUUCAGGAGAGAUUGAAGAAGGCGUAA